ACAGGGUGUUUUACUUCCAGAGGAAGGAAGGGCCCAGUGCAGUGUGUUUUCACACUCAUUUAUGAGUACAGUGGUAGUUAGUCUGGAGUAAUGGACGUUGCCUGCAGUGUUUUUAAUGAAUCUGCAGAACAGUUAAGAAAUCCUCUGGAGAGAGAAGAGCAUUCUCAGUACAAACCUUUUGUUGUAAACUAAAACACAAGAAGUUCCACAGCAUGUGGAAAAACUUACUGACAUAGAGAGUGGCAGAGUGCUGGGACAGGCUGCCCAGGGAGGUUCUGGAUUCUCCCUUUUUAGAGACAUUCCAGACCUACAGGAACACAUUCUUGUGUCACCUCUCCAGUUGACCCUGCUUUGGCAGAGGGUUUGGACUGGAUGAUUUCCAAAGAUCCCUUCCAACCCUAAUCAUUCUGUGAUUCCACGUCUUUUAAUUAUGGAAUUGCUGCCUUUCCCAGUGCCGCUGGCAGAGCUGUCCCUGAUGAACAAGUUGAUCCACACAUCCCUGGUGGAGUCCCAGCAGCACGUGGAGAUCCUGCAGCGGAACCCCAACUCCCCACUCUUUUCCAUCAAGACCUUUGAGGAGCUGCCCCUGAAGAAGGAGCUCUUGCAGGGGGUUUAUAUGAUGGGCUUCAACAGACCAUCCAAAAUCCAGGAGCAGGCUCUGCCGGUCAUGCUGGCAUACCCGCCCCAAAACUUGAUUGCCCAGAGCCAGUCAGGGACAGGGAAAACAGCAGCUUUUGUCUUGGCCAUGUUGAGCAGAGCCAGUGCCAGCGAGAAAUACCCCCAGUGCCUCUGCCUGGCUCCCACCUACGAGCUGGCUCUGCAGAUCGGGCAGGUGGUGCGGACCAUUGGGAAGUUCUGCACUGACAUCAGGGUGAACUACGCUGUCCGGGGAAACCGAGUUCUAAAGGGCAUGGUGCUGGAGGAGCAGAUCAUCAUUGGAACGCCAGGCACUACACUGGACUGGUGCUUCAAACAACACAUCCUGGACCUGACAAAGAUCUCCUUGUUCGUGCUGGACGAGGCUGACAUCAUGAUUGACAUGCAGGGCCUCUCCUGUCAGAGCAUCCGCAUCCACAGGUCUCUUCCCAAGAGCUGCCAGGUGCUCCUGUUCUCAGCCACUUACAAGGAACCCGUGCGAGCCUUUGCAGAGCGGAUCAUCCCUGACCCCAUCGUGAUCAAGCUGCGUGAGGAGGAGCUCACCCUCAGCAACAUCAGGCAGUACUUCAUGGUGUGCCAGAGCUUGGACGAGCAGUACAAGGCCCUCUGCAACCUCUAUGGCAGCUUCAUCAUCGGUCAGGUCAUGAUCUUCUGCCAGACCCGGAGGCUGGCAGACUGGCUGGCGGGGAAGAUGAGCCAGGACGGGCACCAGGUGGCCAUCCUGACAGCAGAGCUGACAGUGGUGCAGCGGGCCAGCGUCAUCCAGCGCUUCCGUGAGGGCAAGGAGAAGGUCCUGAUUGCCACCAACGUCUGUGCCAGAGGCAUUGAUGUGCAGCAGGUCACCACCGUGGUGAACUUUGGGCUCCCCGUGGGUCUGGACGGCGAGCCGGAUUUUGAGACGUACCUGCACCGCAUUGGGAGGGCGGGACGCUUCGGGCACCGCGGCAUCGCCUUCAGCGUGGUGCAGAGAGACACCGUGCAGCUCGUGCACAAGAUAGAGCAGUAUUUCCGCAUUUUUUCUGCCUUUCCUUGCAAGCAUUUGUCCCAGGGGACCUGGUGCCCCAGCUGAGCUCAGCCCUUUCUGUGGGAGAGGAGAUGGCAGCUGUGGAAAUCUUUCCUGAGUGGAAAUUGAUUGUCACUUGCUAACAUCAAGAGGAUUUUCGUGGGAUUUGCCAGAUGCCAGGGCUGCACUGAUGGCUUUUUGAAUCCCAGUGCCUGUUUUCCCUGUGAUUUUUAGAGGGAAGAAGGUUAUAGAAGCCUUCUGAUGGGCAAGAAAUGGUGUCCCUUCCUCAUCUCCGGCCUCAGAGCCACUCAGCCCUCUUGGUUCCUUUAAAUGUCCACCUGUCCUUGGAACCUGGAGUGAGGCAGACACCAGGAAGAGAAGACACGAACCACACAUUCUGGCAAAGAUUGCUGCCGUUGGGUAGAAGCAAUGAGCAACUGGAACAACUGUCUUAUGGAUGAGCCCAACCACAGCCACGGCCAGAAGGAACCAGUGUGAGGAUGAGCUCCCAGCGGUCUGACUUGUGCUUUUCAUGUUGUCACGUUGUAAUUGGAGGGUACAAACCUUCCCUGUCCUGCAUGGCUGUGGAGGUGGGAACAGGGAGUGGGGACACAUCACAGGCUGAGCCCUGCAUGCUGCUGCUGUGGGGCUGCUGCUUAUGUUUGUCAUCUUGCCUUGGCUGCUGCCCUGAUCCAGUUCCCCUCCUGCUUUCUCCCAGCUGAUUUCCCUCCUGACCCAGUUCCCCCUGCACUUCUUCCCAGCUGAUUUCCCAGAAGAGGGAAAUGCUGCAGUGAGCAGUCUGGGAGCUUCCCAGCUGGCGUGGGGCGCUCAGGUGGUGCAGACACCAGCUCAGGGGAACGGGCUCUG